AUGGUGACCAUCGCCAAUGCAAAUUUUCCAGACUCGGACCAUGAAGAUGAAGACUUUGAGGUUCCUGGAGGCAUUGAUGAGCCCGCAGACACAGGCGCCGAGCCAUCUUCGGAACGCCGAAGGAGACGCAAGCGACACAAAAGCACUGACGAUUUGUGGAAGGAAAUGCAGCAGGAUGAGAUGGAAUCUGCCAAGAGUUGGAUAAAAAGACCCUGCCCUGACCCUGGAUUGUUCCGAAGCUUUCAACGAAGAAGUCUUAGACACGAGACAAAGGACUCACCGCAAAAGCCCAAUGCAAUUCUGGCCGAAGUGGCAAAAUAUAGCCCUGUGGCUAUCGAAGGCCAGGAGCAGCCCACGGCCAAGGAAAUGAAACACAAGGCACGGGAUGGGACAACAACUUUGACUAUCCGUGGAAGCUCAAGAAUCAGCAGGAAGGAAAUGUUGCAGGAGGUCUCCAAGUACUGCGGAUCUGCAGAUGGCUCAGAAAUACCAUCAGCUGCUGAGAUGAAGAAGAAAGUUCGAUUCUCCCGUGAGGCUCUUUCCACGUCUGGUGCAAGUACCGAAACCAAGAUGUUGAAAGCCACCAUCGUCCAAGAAUCGGUUCGGUUCGCGGGUCAGACCUUGACCAUUGAACGAAGACUGGUACCUGGUUCGGUGGAGGAAAAGCGUUACCUCCAGAGUCAAAAGCGCCGCAACAGCGCGAAGCUUGGUGGAGGACUUACAGCGCUUGAUAAGCUCUUGGGUAUUUCCAGAGAUAAGGAACUGAACACCGUGGAAAAGUCUGGACUGGAUUGGCAUCGCCACAAAGAGGAGGCAGGGGUCGGGACUCAGUGCUCAUUUGCAACGAUCUUUGGAUCGAAUACUUAG